CGGCAACCGUGACGGUUGUUCUGUGGAGCCUCACCCUCACCAGAGCGGACCAAUAAACACACGGACAGUAUCACACAAGCAUUCUUGCCGCCAACCGUUCCAGAAUGGAAAUACUGUUAGACACAGCCCCAUAACCACAGUUAAUAUUUGCCUAUCAUGUUGUGGGGGUGAUGCACCAGGAGUCAAGCUAACCAUGAUUCGUGGCGAGGCCGGGCGGCUAUGAGUGAGCGCCAAUAUUAUGCGACAGCCGCCAACAAACAGAUGCAUGACUGACUGGGCUAAUAACCAUCGGCCAUCAGGCGCAUGAUGAAACUUAGCCAGGCUGUACUAUAAUCCUAGGGCCACAGACCAGAUGCUUAGAUGGUGAAAUGAGAUGGGCAGGCUAUAAUUAGUGGGUUUUGAUGCACCUUUAUCCUGUACCUCCGACAGAAAUCGAGUUCACAAGACGAAUAUUUGUAUUGAAUAUCGACUCCUCUUGUCUUUCUUGCCGGCGCACAACAAACAACCGCUCUCCCUUUUACCACGAACAAAAGAUGAGCGACACUACCAAGAAGGCGCGGGACACUCUGUCUUCUAUCUACUCGUUCUACGAAGCCAACAAAGAUACGCUAGAGCGGGCCCCCUCUUUCCUUAGCGAUACGAGCAGAGAUAUCCAAAUAGGUCUACGUUCUAGCGUGGUACCAUCGGCCGAGCAAACUGAGGAGCUUAAGAAGGACCUGCGGGAGCUCGUCAAGACCAAGGAGGCCCUUGGCAACAUUCCUGCGGCCGAACUACAACUCAUGAUGGAGGCAGCCAAUGCUAGCACAAUUAGACGCAAGCAGAAGAAAUGAGUUCAAGCGACGCAUGGUGGGGGUUAUACAUGUCGCAGGAAUUUGUCGGAUCAGUCAGGUCAUCGUCCAUGCGUUCCAUACCCGUUGCAGGAUCAAGAGAUGGGACACCGCAAUGGCUAUAGGAAGCUGACCUUCAGUCACUCGUUAAAUAGACCAAGAGCCAUUGUUUCCCUGCUCCUAACCCGUGGGCGUGACACCCAAACUACAGGCCUACUCCAAGGCAACAGUGUGAACAUAGGUCCACAGU